ACCGUGGAGCGGAAAAGGGUAGCGCUGCGAACGUCGUAAAAUGCCGGGCCGGGCUGCUUUCCGGCAGGCGUUGGAGAGGCCGCUUUCCGGCGGCGCCGGGCGAGAAGCGCGACUGGAGUCUGGGGCUGCGGCUUCCCAGAGGCUCGAGUCGCUUUUCCAGGAGCCGAGGCCCAAACGGGGCCGGGCCUGAGGGGUCCUCCGCCAGCCCGCGGCCGCGCCAUCAAUCGCCGCCGCCUCGUCCCGCUUCUCGGCUGAGGCGCCGCGCGGCCAGGCAGCGGGUCCAGGCCUCAGCCGCGCGCCCAGGGGCCUCCGGGGCCCUCCCGGGUCAGCAUGCCCGGGGUGAAGCUGACCACCCAGGCCUACUGCAAGAUGGUGCUGCACGGCGCCAAGUACCCGCACUGCGCCGUCAACGGGCUCCUGGUGGCCGAGAAGCAGAAGCCGCGUAAGGAGCACCUCCCCCUGGGCGGCCCGGGCGCCCACCACACCCUCUUCGUGGACUGCAUCCCCCUCUUCCACGGCACCCUGGCCCUAGCCCCCAUGCUGGAGGUGGCCCUCACCCUGAUUGAUUCAUGGUGCAAAGAUCAUAGCUACGUGAUUGCUGGUUAUUAUCAAGCUAAUGAGCGAGUAAAGGAUGCCAGUCCAAACCAGGUUGCAGAGAAGGUGGCCUCCAGAAUCGCCGAGGGCUUCAGCGACACUGCGCUCAUCAUGGUAGACAACACCAAGUUUACGAUGGACUGCGUAGCGCCUACGAUCCACGUGUACGAGCACCAUGAGAACAGAUGGCGGUGCAGAGACCCACACCAUGACUACUGUGAAGACUGGCCAGAGGCACAGAGGAUCUCAGCCUCGCUCCUGGACAGCCGGUCCUACGAGACGCUCGUGGAUUUCGAUAACCACCUGGAUGACAUUCGGAAUGACUGGACAAACCCAGAGAUCAAUAAAGCUGUCCUACACUUGUGCUAGGCAGGCACCGCUGUGACUGGGCUCCAGGCCUUUCCACUACGUUGAAGAAGAAAACCUAUUUUUAAAUGUAAAUAAAAUAUCUUUUAGCCUGUGUGGAAAGCUGACCGUUUUAAGAAGUGGCAUGUGCCUUGAAAGGGGGCAGAAUGUUCAGUUGGUCGUGGUUUUAACACAGAGUCUCUAGAAGAGGUGCAGACAUCCCGUCUGACUGUCCCUGUGGACUCUCUCAGUUGUAUUGUUGCUAUAAUCCUCCAAAUCAAAGCUCUUUCUGCUUGUGCAAGAUUGUUCCUAUUAAACACUUUUAACUAACCUUUUAUAAUCUGGAGAGAAUACUUUUUAAGGCUUUUGAACUAUCUUUUUUUAAAAAAAAAAAAAAAAAGCCCACAUCUUAUACUCCAAUGAGUGUGUUUGUGAGUUUUUAUCCUGUUUGAAUUUUGAUGUCGUCCAGGCGUCCUGGGAUCAGGGUAGACACGUGGAGUGCUGGUGCUGAGCUGUUUGAGAAGCUCUGUGUGGGUGUUUCUGUGGUCAGGUGGGCUGAGCUGUGAACAGCACUGCUCCACACGGUGUCGGCUCACAGAGCCACCACAGCUCUGCCCAGCGGGAGUGACACCACUGAUGCCACAGAAGCCUUUAUCGUUAGGGGCAAAAGCAGACAUCUCUGGUAGCAGGAGCUCAGUGUGGUGCUCUUCAGCCACCCAGAAAGCUCACAUGCCUGCAGGGCCAGGAAAGGGAAAUGAUCAUUUCUUUUGUAUUAGGAAAAACAAGACUUAGACUUCCCGAGUUGUGCAGAGUGACGUCUGUACUUUUUAUACUUAGAACAUUUGGUCAAGUUUUCUAACCAAAACUUAGGAAAUUGAGAGGGAAACUUUAUGGUACGUUUACCUUUUUUCCUUUUUAUAUGAAUGAUUUUGUACAAAGUUCAGAGAGCGGUACCUUUCCUACUGUCUUGUCUUUGACUCCAUGGAGGAAUUUGUAACGAUCGGUGUGACCUGAAAGGGUUUGUGAUACAGCGGUCACUAUUUUCUCUUAACACAUAGGAAAAAAGUUCAGACAUCGCUACAAUAAAUGUGCUUUAUUUGAUCCACCAAA